AUGCACCCAGCAAAAAGAUUUGACAUAUAUUACAUAUGCUCUUCACUAGAGAGUUUACACCGCGUACUUGUGUUAUGUAAGAAACGGAUUGUACAGUUUUUAUUUUGAUUAGGUGGUAGAGGUAGGAUUAUUUUAUUCUAUGGGAUUGAACAUUUCAAUAUUAAUGGGCUGGAGGACAUUCCUGAAAUGAUAUCAUUGACGAUAGUGAGUGAGUGGAGUUUGACUACAAGAGUUUAAACUUCUGUUUUUAGUGCAGAGUCUGUUAACCUCCCCAAGUAUGUAACACUUGUGCAUUUAAGUGCCGUCAUACAGCUGUUGUGUAGUAUCUACGUUGUUGUUAUGUUUCCAAAAUGGAGAUAUUAAAACUUCCUUACAUUUAUGUGUUAAUAAUAACACUAUGUUACCUUAAAACGACCAUACAAUGUGUGUCCACACCAGAACGAGGUCGCCGGUCGGUCUGCAACACUCAGGCACUGGACGUACCCAACGGGGACUACUCCAUACUUCCGGGGAACAUGGGUGCCACGUUUACCUGUGACCAUGGAUUCACUCGGCUUGGGCCGCCCUCGAUCGCCUGCAUGAGCGGACAGUGGACGCCACCGCCACCGUUAUGUCUCAAAACAUCAUGGUAUACCACGUGCCGGAAGCCAUUACCACGCCCACAUCUACGUGUUCGUGCGGAGGUGGGAGGCGCGCUGCUCAAGUUUUCGUGCGAUGUCAACUUCCGGCUAAACGGUGCCUACCAGGUCACGUGCAACGGAACAACGUGGAGCGAGGACAUCCCUCGGAGUGAACCGUGGAAGCCGCCUACGGCGUGCGACUUCGAGGCGGCGGACCUGUGUGGGUGGAACCAGAACGACGCGGAACACGAGGAGUGGAUCUGGCACACUGGAAGAACGCCCACAAAGAGGACCGGACCCGAUCUUGACCACACUUUAGGGCCACAGGGAACAGGCCACUACCUGUACUUCGAGACUUCCGGUUCCGACAAGUUUGAGCACACCGCUAUACUGGAAUCACCGCUGUAUCCGGCCGCUUGGGGCCGUCGCUGCUUCUCAUUCUGGUAUCAUAUCUUAGGGUAGAAGGAUAUCGGGCGGCUUGAAGUGUACGUCCGACCGGACGGGGCUCGCGGCCUAGCGGGUCUGGUUUCCAAAUUCUACGUUGAUCACAACAAGGGCUCAGACUGGUGGAACCAGACAAUAGAAGUGCCAGCGCUAGACAAACCCUUUCAGAUCUGGUUCCGGGCAAUCCGAGGGACGAGCUACAGGAGCGACUUCGCCAUCGACGACGCCAAGACCUCUCUCCGACCUCAGCCAUGCCAUCGACGACAGUCAUGAAAACAAAAACAACGACGGCAAUCACGAGCAAGAAACAAACCACGCGCGCACCAAACACCGUAACUAAGAAAGCAAUCACAACAACCAGCAGAACUACACCGACCAUGACGGAAACGAAUCCGCCGAUAAGGACACCUGCAUCGAAACAACGAACACAAACAGUAAUGUCAGAUUUACCAUCAACCAACUCCGAAACCCCGGCUUUUAGCAAAGUCUCACAAUCUCUGCACCAUCAUGAGGCGAGUGAGACUGGCGACUCGCUUAGCGUAACCGUGAAGGCGUUUGUAGGUGUGGCUGCCGCGUGCGUGGCGGUCACCCUCGUGUUGGUAGGCUACCUGCUUCAUAAAUGGCGGAGCUCCAGGCGGCGCUACUCUGCCAGCCUCCACUCAACCAACCCGCUCAACGAGGAAAUAGAAACCCGAGAGUCGGUUAUUAGGUUGUCACAAAACCCCUUUGAAAACCGAUAAUGACACGGCUUGAUGUUUUUUUUCGUAUUUAUAAAAAAAAUGUGUACAUUAAAAGAAAAAAGCCAUGUCUCUCAACAAAGACAUAAAGUGUCAACAGAUUGUUAGAAACAAACAUGGCGCAUGGCUACAAUUGCCGUUUCUGUUAUCAAUGCCAGCUUUCGUCAAUGUUACAAAGAAUGUACUGUUUGUUAACUUGUUCCUCUUCACCUUUCUGUUGUCCCUGCUUUAGUAUUUUAAUAACGACAAUGUACCUUUUGAAUUCCUUUGUGUUUUGCUUCUGUCUUGUGGUUAAUAUGAAGUCAUAUUUGAAUCAUCAUCAUCGAUGUCAUCAUCAUCAUCAUAAUCAUCGAUGACAUCAUCAUUGGCACAGUCAUCAUCGCCAGUAGCAGCAGCUGCAGUGUGUACUCUCUUAACCUAGUUUGAGUUAUACAAACAAAAUAUGUAGGUUGUUACGAGUUUUGGGAAUCGCUACCAAAAAUCGUCGCUACAAGGAUAUAGCGUAACAUCGCUUCAAAUAUUUGCUAAAAUAAAUUUCAUUAUACUGAACAUGCAUUAAUAUUAUGUUGAAUACAUAGUUUAUAAUGGAAAAUGACACGAAUAAAGCGAAAACAAUU